AUGGAAUCACAAGUCCAAGUUACACACGUGGACGCCGCGCCACCUGUCGAGAACUCAGCAUUGACGGAGAAGCGAGAGAAACCCAGACAUCGGGCUUCAGUUGCAUGCACAUCAUGCAGGGAGAAAAGGACAAGAUGUGUCAUUCCACCGGGCGAGGAGGCAUGCACACAAUGCAAGUUGAACAACCGCGAAUGCGUAGUCAACCACGACGAUGAGCGCCGCAAGCCAUCGAGCAAGGCUUACAUGACCUCCUUGACAGAGCGAAUAACACAGCUUGAAAAUCAACUUCGCGAACGGGAUCAACGAGACGAUCGACCUACAGAACCCGUGGCUAAGCCGCCAGAAUCCUCAGCCAAAGCCUUGCUGUCUGAACCAGGAGAUUCUGCUGCUGUGCAUGAUGCUGUCGUACCACAGCCUCCCUCGAUCUCCUCUUUGCAAGGUGGCGACGUUUUCGCCUCGGGAUCAGACCUCGAUGGCGUGUCGCCCAAGUCUGUCAGCUCAUAUGGCGGGGCCAGCAUGGUCAGCAAGCUGUUAUCGAGCUCAGGUCAUUUGAGCUUCGAUCAGCUCAGCGGUCGUUUGCGGUACUUCGGGCCGGUAGCCAAUUGUCACGUCCACGUUGAGCUAAAGGAUCAAACUCAGGAAGCAAAUCGCAAAGCGAUGGAGCAACAGAGACGGGCCGAGAAGGCAUUACGAUCAAUCUCCAUGGAGACCCAUGAUUACUUGUUGGGCUUGUUCUGGGAGUACUACAACUGCGUCAUACAUGUCGUGCACAGAGCUGCAUUUGAAGAAGGUAUGGAAGCUGGCCGAGGCCCGUACUAUUCUGGAUUCCUCCACCUCUGCAUUCUCGCUGCCGGGUACAAGUUCUGCGACAAAGAGCGACCGGACAUGCAGAAGAUCGCCCUGCCGGACAAGGAAAGCACUCUGCAGCGCGAAGCCAAAUACAUGCUAGAAUACGAGAUUGAGCGGCCGGGUGGAAUUCCAUCAAUCACAGCGCUGCUUAUUCUGGGCGAUCUUGAGACUGGUUCAGGUCGAGACAACCUGGGCUGGCUAUAUGCUGGCAUGGCGAAUCGUUUGUGUUUCGAUAUAGGCCUACAUCUCGACGCCAGCAAUACUGGGGCCAGCCAAAGAGAUAUCGAGAUUGGGCGCAUGACGCUUUGGGCUUGCAUUAUCUACGACAAGUACUGGGCACUAUUCCUUGGUCGACCGACCAUGAUGAAACCGUCAGACCUCGAAGUAUACAGGCUCAGCGUCGAAUUUGAGCGGAUGGGCACGAGCCUACCUUCUGGACCUGCUCAAAGCCGUGAAACCCAGGUCUACGAAGCUUUACUUGACCUCAUGGAAUUGGCGGGCAAAAUAACGGAGAUCAUGGACUCAGCAUCCAAGCUCAGCAGCAACAUCGAUCAUCACGUCUAUUUUCGCAUGUCAGCACUGCAUCGGGAAUUAGAAUCAUGGUAUUCUCGGCUUCCAGAGGCGUUGGCGUGGAACGCAUCUAACAUCUCGACCGCACCGUUCUCCUUUUUCCUGCUCCAUCAGCAGUACAGUGCAACGCUCAUUUUGUUGCAUCGGCCUUUCGCUCGCUACGACGACGCAAAAACCAUUCGCCCUGACCCAGAUGCAGGAGAUAGUAGUGAGGACGACUUGGAUGCGGCUGCAGCAGGGAAGGUGAUGGAUCCCACCAACCAUUUCUCUGCGUUGUCCCGGACGAUCUGCACUCAGCACGCUGUGAGGAUCGCGAAGAUAUUUUGGCAACACCGAACGAGAUUCGAUACGAGGCGAAUCUUUGUGACAGGCCUUCAGCACGCUGGCACUGCUGCAACAGCUCUAGUCGCGGCCCUAGCAUACGUGAAAGAUCGAGGAACGCGAAACAGCAAUAUGCAGUACCUCGAAUGUCUGGCUGCCGCCUUGCAAGAUAUGUCGCACACUUAUGUGCCAGCCGAGAAGAUGUCCAAUGUACUCGCCGCAGUGAUCAUCGAGCUGCGGGAUGCUGUGCCGGAGCCCAGGCAGAAGCCUCCUCGAAGGCGACGCAGCUCACAUCAUGAGAAUCGCCCGAACGGUUCAUUCAAGCGGCAUCAAUCGUUCCAUCACGACGAGACGAGAAAUGGUGGCAACGACUUCCGUCACAGCGCAAGUCAGUCCAUGCUCAAUGGUGCUAACGGAGGUCAAGUCAGACACGAUCAUGUUCUUGGAACACAGCAGCCUCAGGCAUCAAAGCCGGCUGCGAACGUGAUGCCUGGGUCGCUUCCAUCAGGUAGCGAUGGGUGGACAAUGGUCGGCUCGUCGGGCGCAGACAGUGCCUGGUCUGGACUUGCGCAGCACACAAACUUCGACGAAAUCGCGAAUAACAACCACGAGUCAGCUGUCUCAUCGACCCAGACGGGUAGCGACGACGUCUCUGGACAGGUCAAUCUGUCUAACUCAGUUCCUCACGGCCUCAAUUUCACGCAAUAUCGCUCCAACAACGCAUGGAUGGGCGCAGAAACACCUAAUAUGGGCUUCUCCACGCCGCCGCUUACAACACCCUUCUCGAAUCCCCAGGGUCAAAGAUCCCAGCCUCGUCCGGCUGCAAUGCACGAGAUACAAGAUCUUACAUUUCCAGAUUUCGUCGGGCUUCUCAAUCCUGAUGACCGACUUGAUUUUGGUAGUUUGGGCAUGCCAGCUGGUCUUGGGGCAGGAUUUGACUCUGUGGGUCUGGACACGGUUCACAGCGAGAUGGAGACCGAUCAGCCAGACGUGAACGAUGAUUCGAGACUGUACGACGGGAAUACCAUGGUGCCACCAGCGAAAGUGCCAUCAAACAUCGGGUCUGAAUUGCAUCGAACUUUCUCGCAGAAUGGCACGCAUCUCAACUCAAAUUUUUCGGGACCCUACGGCCCUACCGUCGGAAAUUUCUCACGUUCACGCUCCCAAAGCGAAGUCGACAGCCGGACUUUCUCGAAAACAAUGGCUGGGCUGGCCGAUAUCUUGAGGAGAGGCACUGAGGGUCGCUAG